AUGUCACGGAACUUGGAUGUGAUAUCCCGGCUCGAGGAAGAGCUUGAGACGCAGCCGCUCGACGUGCCCAAGUGGGAGCGGCUCCUCGCCGCGGUGAAGACCAAGGACAAGGAGGAGCUCGUGUCGCGGGUGUUUGAGCGCUAUUUGGACUUGUUCAAGCUGGACGGGAAGCAGUGGUGUGCCUACAUCAACUACGAACUUGCUCGUGGUGAGUUUCUGAAGGUAGAGCAGCUUUUCCAGCGGUGUUUGCCCGAGGUGGCCCUGGUGGACGUUCUCCGACUCUACGUGCUGUACGUGCGCCGAGUCAACGACGUCAUCACUGGCGGCGACAAGGCGCGGCGGGUGGUGGUGCUGGCGUUUGAAUUCGCCGUCAAACUGGUGGGCAUCGACACCCAUCUGGGCGAGUUGUGGCAGGAAUACAUCGAGUUCUUGCAGCUGUGGACGCCGACGGCGCUGUGGGAACAGCAGCAGAAGGUCGACAACAUCCGUAAGGUGUACCGCCGCAUGCUUGCCAUCCCCACCACCAAUAUUGAGCAGUUGUGGGUGCAAUACCUGAAAUGGGAAUCGAUGGUGAACCAACCGACGGCGUCGAAGUUUGUCAGCGACCGGCUGGCGGAAUACAUGGCGGCGCGGCUGUGGAAGACCGAAUGGCUGAACCUUACUGGCGACGCCCUCGAGCGCAGCUUGGUGCCUUACCUGCUACAUAGUGACAAAAAAGACUGGAUAAAAGCUCAGCUAGAUCUCUGGCGGCGGUGGGUGGAGUUCGAACGGAAAAACACGUUGGAGCUCAAGGACUCGGUCCAGCUCAACGCCCGUAUCGAGUACUGCCUCCGCCAGGCCACCCAGGCCCUUGUGUUUGUACCCCCAGUAUGGUUCCACUACGCUAAAUGGUUCGCUAGCAAUAAUGACGAUCAACAGGCGAAAGCCAUUCUCGUGCAAGCCACUAGACUCAACCCUAAGCUGAUGUUGUUAAACUUCCAGCUUGCCGAAGCCCACGAAAAGGACGGCAAUUUUGACGCGGCUAAGCAGGUGUACGAGCGCUUGAUCAAGGCGUUCAAUGACGAUUAUAAUACCGUCAACGAAAAGGUGUUGGACAUCGAGAAGAAACUCGCGCCUACGGAACAGGGCGAACCUCCCAAACCUUUGUCUAGAGACGAGCGUGACGAACUCACUCGCCGACGCCAGCGGCGGGAAAAGCUCAAGCGGGAACAGAUGCUUGUGUGGUGUAAAUACAUGACCGCCACUAAGCGGCUGGCAGGAAUCAAAGAGGCCCGUUCAGUGUUCAAGCAGGGGAGAAAGGAGUUUGCUGAUAUUGGCCCGGAAUUCUACGUGGAAAACGCUCUUUUGGAACACUACAAUGACAACUCCAAAAUCGCCAUCAAGGUGUUUGACUUGGGCCUCAAGCAAUUCCCCAACCACGGCAAGUUCUUAUUGGCAUAUUUGCACUAUCUCAUCCAGACAAAUGAUGUGGAUAACAUUCGCAAGCUUAUCCAGCUGGCAGACCUGACGCUUUCCAAGGAAAUCACCCAGUUGACGGAGCUGCUCACUGCUCCUGAGAUUGCUAAGGAUGUUGCUGAUGAAACUAUGCGUCAAAUCAAGGACCGCAGAACCUGGCUUAAGCGUCUUCUCAAGACCUAUAUCCGCUACGCUCAUCAAUACUUGCUGAUGGAUGUCGCCGACUCGUUCAUCACAAAGUACGAACAGCUUUUCCCCGACGAGGACUCCAUCGACUUAUUCACUGACCGCUACAGAGAUGACGGCGUCAAUCUCAUUGUCGAAGAGGAGCUUGACACCAGUGACGAUGAGGACGAGUUUGUUGCCAAGCGACGCAAGCCUGCUAAGGAAGCGCAGGCCACUAACAACGGCAGUGCUAACAACCGUGGUGGGCGCAACAGACGCCGCAAUGACGGUCCCAACCUCCCCCCUCCUCCUCGAGGAUUGACGAGUGCCCCGAGAGAAGAAGAGCCCGAAGAGGACUCGUUUGUCAAACCCAGUGUUGUCAAGCUUCUCAAACAACUACCCAGUGCCCUGUAUUUCGGUGAAGGGCCUUACGAUGCCAGUCGGUUGGUGCAAAUGGUAGCCAACCUCCCUAAUGUAAAUACGAGCAAAUGA